UUUUUUCAAAAAGGCACCGCCUACAAAAGGGGGUCAGCACCGAUGAUUGAUUUCAUCCUUUACAUACCAAAGCGGCGAGUUGGGGCAACGAAUUCUUCGAGGCAAUGUCAAACUCCCAACGAGUUGGGAGUGUUCAUGGAAUUGGUAGUAGCAGUGAAGGGAACUAUGUAUCGCCACGACAGAAGUAUCACAAGGGGGAUAGGUCGCGAAGGAUGUGGACUAUACGCGAGGAGGAGAUCCUAGCAGCUACGUUACUAGACCUAGUGGCUCGAGGUUGGAAAUCCGAUAAUGGAUUCCGUGCAGGCUAUCUACAGAAGAUCGAGGAUGCUAUACGAGCGGAAUUCCCAAACACAGAUAUCAAGGGUACUCCUCAUGUAACCUCGAGGCUUCAAGCGUGGAAGAAAAGCUACACCAGCCUAUGCAAAAUCUUAGGUCGGACUGGUGUGGGUUUCAAUAACGAUGGCGAAUACAAGAUAGACUGCGACAACGAACAAUGGGCACAAAUUGUUCAGGUUUCAUAA